AUGGGAGAAGGUUCUAGGAGCAAGCGGGAGAGUCUAGGAACUUCAAAAAAGAGGGAGAGGACUGAAACGCAAAAAGAAGAGGUCAAUUUGCAGAAGAAACAAAGGAUUAAAAGUUUGGAAGAUACUGAAAGCGAAAGCGAAAAGGAGGAAAAAGUACAAGAAGAUGAACAAGUAGAAGAAGACGAACAAGUAGAAGAAGAACAAGAUGAAGAAGAGGAAGGGGAGACCGCUGUAGGUGAAGAUUCGAAUUCAUCAACGAGUGAAAUACCAACGGAUACUAAGAAAAGAAAGAAGGUUGUAGAAAAGGUGAAGGCUAUUAAAAAAGCAGAAAAGGCAAGAGAAGAUAGAAGGAGGAAGGGAAAAGCCCCAAUGAAGCCGGAAAAAUCUGAGCGAAUGUGCAAACCCAAAUCGACUAGUCAGGUUCAAUUUCUAAUAGGAGGAAGACUUCUGAAGUUUGGAUUAAGAGAAUUUGCGCUUAUAACCGGCCUAAAAUGCCAUGAGAUUCCUGAUCUUAACCAUGAGGAUAUAAAGGGUGGUGGACAGCUAAAAGGGGUAUAUUUUGAAAAUCUUAAAACUGUGACGAGGCAGUACUUGAAUGUUAUGUUCAAUAUAAAUGAUGAUGAAGUAUUUGAUGGGUACCGAUGGGGUAGGGUUGCUUUUGAACUCUUAGUGGACUUCAUGAAUAAGGCCGUUUGUAGCAAGGCACAAACGGGGAUUUCGAUGGGGGGUUUAUUUUUCUCAUUCUUGCUUGGGCUUACGAGAGGCAUGCCCUCUACAAAUGGGAUUGAUGUCCUGACGAAAAUGGUAGAGAAGAUUGAGAAUAGCCAAAAGAGGAUGGAGAUAAGGGUGAAAGGUAUUCUUAAGUUUCUUAAAUCUAUAGAAUUAAAAAUGAAUAAUCGGUUUGAAGAACUAGGGCAGAAGAUGAAUGAAAUAAUAGAAGCAAUAAGGAGCCAACAAUGUAGUUCUUUGGGUGCCCAAUACACCCUUGAAUUUAUGGGAGCAAGGGCAUUUGAAGAGCACCUCGACAAGGUGGAGGAGGAACAAGAAGAAGAUGAUGUUGAAGAUUUAAACAUGGAUUCAAGCAAUCCAACGGAGCUUGGAAAAAGGGAUGACGAUGAAGACAAAGACAAAAAAGGGCUCAUGGAUGAAAGUCGAGUAGAAAGUUCGAGAGGCAAAGAUGGUGGUCAAUCUAAAAUGGUAAAAUUAGAGACACCACCAACAACCGGAGAUAAAGAUUCUUCGUUGUAUAAGGCCACGGAGGAAACAGAUGAAGAGAUAAACAUGUAG